GCCCGGAACUGCGGCCCGCGGCCCGCGCUGCGCGGGGGGACUGCGCUGCCGGCGGACCCGCCUGGGCGCCUUCCUCCUCCUUCUCCUCCUUCUCCUCCUCCUCCUCCUUCUUGUCUCCGGGGGUUUAGCAGAGUCCUGGUUGAAGAGUAUGUGGUACUGACACUUGGAAGGCAUGUUCACAGAACAAAGGAAAGCGGGACAUAAUUUGCCCACAGAUCUCAAGAGCAGCCUGAACAUUUAUCAGAGGUAGAUGCAUAAAGAAAAGAGGGUAUGUGUUCUCUGUGCUCCAUGGAUUCACUUUCUGUAAUCAUCAGAGAGAGACCGAAUUGCCAGGACGGGGCUUGAGCUGCAGUCUGCACUUGAUCAGUGGUACGGCCGAGUAACUGGCGUGUAGCACUUCCUGGCAGAAGUUCUGUGGCCACCAGAAAAUGAUUUGUCAAGUAGCGAACAUUAAGGAAGGGAGAAGAGGCUCUUGAAGAGGUUUCUUAACUCUCUGCUGGGUCCAUUGAUAAAAUCCCUAUGAAGUUCUGUGCGUUGAACUCCUUGAUGAUCUCAGUCAAGCGAUUCUCUGGUGUCUCGUGAAAGCUCAGCAUGAGAUAAAGGUUCCUGGGGACUUGUAGGCAAGUGUGAGGGAGCAGCCUGCCAAUGCUGGUGUUUUGGCCAGAAACGUAAAAGCUCACUGCCACGAAUAUCAAAAGGAAUUCAUCAGACAAAACCUUGGAAGCUUCAGCUUUGGUGAAGUGACAGUGCUUUGGUGAAAGAACCGAUGAAAGGCUUUUCAAGAAUGUCUUCUAGAUUAUUGUAGACACAGCUAUGGCUGCUACAGUGAACUUGGAGCUGGAUCCCAUUUUUCUGAAAGCCCUGGGCUUUUUGCACUCAAAGAGUAAGGACUCUGCUGAAAAACUGAAAGCGCUUCUUGACGAGUCGUUGGCCAGAGGAACUGACUCGAGCUAUCGUCCCUCUCAGAAGGAAGUAGAGCAACCAAAAGUAUCUGUCACCAAACCCAUUAAGCAAGAGCCUAAGGCUUCAUCCAGUUUGCCUUCUGGCAACAACAAUGGCAAGCCCACUGCAUCAGAAAAGGUGAAAAAAGAAACAGAAAAGAGAUCUGCAGAUAAAACGAAAGGGGAUCCUGCUGAAGGAGCUGAUGCACCAAAGAAGCCCAGAGUAGAGAAGCAAGAGGCUCGUUCCUCUCCUAUUACAGUUCAGACGAGCAAGGAUUUAUCCAUGCCUGAUUUAUCUAGCUUCGAGGAAACCAGUGCUGAUGAUUUUGCCAUGGAAAUGGGAUUAGCCUGUGUUGUUUGCAGGCAGAUGACAGUUACUUUUGUGAAUCAGCUAGUGGAGUGUCAGGAGUGCCAUAAUCUCUACCACCAGGAUUGCCAUAAACCUCAGGUGACAGACAAGGAAGUGAAUGAUCCUCGACUUGUCUGGUAUUGUGCCCGCUGUACCAGGCAGAUGAAGAGAAUGGCUCAGAAGACACAAAAACCUCCUCAAAAACCAGCUCCUGCAGUGGUUUCAGUUGCACCAGCUUUGAAGGAUCCAUUGGUCAAGAAACCAGAAAUCAAGUUAAAACCUGAGACCCCACCAGCUUUUCUGGCAUUCAAGAGAACAGAAGUCAAGACCUCAGCAGCAGUUUCGGGGAACUCUGCCAGUACGAGCGUUUCCUCUUCAGCAACGAGUGGCCUUACAGGAUGGGCUGCUUUUGCAGCCAAAACCUCCUCUGCCAACCCGUCAACUGCCAAACUGGGAUCCACAGCACAGAGUGCCAGCGGGAAACCUGCGGCUUCUUCAAAUAACCAGAAACCCGUGGGUUUGUCAGGCCUGGCGACUUCAAAAACGGGACUGGGGGCCAAAAUAGCUUCCGCCAACAACAGCGCAAACCCUGCUCAGCUGAAGCCUCCCCCGCCGCUGACGCUGGGGAAGACCACGCUGAGCCGCUCGGUGAGCAGCGACAACGUGAGCAAGGCCGGGCUGCCCAGCCCGGGCAGCGCUGCCCCCGGCGCCAGCAGCCCGGCCGGCGGCAAUGGCGGCAGCGGCUCCGCGGGGAGCAGCGCGGGAAGCGCCGGCAAAGCCGCGGCCGACACCGGCAACCAGCCGGCAUCCCUGAAGGGUCCGACCUCGCAGGAAUCCCAGCUCAACGCCAUGAAAAGGCUACAAAUGGUCAAGAAGAAGGCUGCUCAAAAGAAGCUCAAGAAGUAAUCUGGGCUGCUCACUGGUGUUGUCCGGGAGCAUUCCGUGAGACAGCGGCAUAGGUGCUUUUCUUAAAGAAAGUCUCCCAGGUACUGGACUGAAAGAGGUUAAAUCAGGGAAGCCCAAACCCUGUGUUGUACAGAAGGUAAAACUUGAAUAAUUCUGGUAUUCCUUCUGCCUUUGCAAAUCUGUGAAUUGGGUAUGUUAGAGGAAUUCAUUAUGACAAGCUCCUGGUUUUGUAGCUCAAAGCACUGAAACUUGAAAUUGUAAAAGUUGGGUAUUUUUUAAUAUUAAAACCCCCACAUUUGUGUAGAUACUUAAUGAAUUGAACUUUCUGAAACCAUCAUUCUUAAAUGUUAAUAAUAAAAGGAUUAUUAAUCUGGGAA